AUGAUCGACGAGCGGUUACCAGCACUGAUCGCCUCAGUACCCCCAGACCAGGCCUAUUUCUCGCUCGAGUUCUUCCCACCUAAGACACAGGCCGGCUUCAACAAUCUGCAGUCGCGUCUCUCGCGCAUGGCAACGGCGUUGAAGCCUUUAUAUGUCACAGUAACGUGGGGCGCAGGCGGAUCUACGUCUGCCAAAAGUUUGGAAUUGGCAGAAGUGACUCAGCGGCAACUCGGCCUCCCAACAGUCCUCCACUUGACAUGUACGAAUAUGCGGAGGUCGAUGGUGGACGAAGCACUGGAAGCGUGUAAAGAGCUGGGAAUCCGCAAUAUACUAGCCCUCCGUGGCGACCCUCCACGAGAAGAAUACCGUGAAGAGAGCCCACCCCGAAACGGAUCUUCAAGUCCGAAGCCGGAUGAGUUCGUCUGGGCAAUAGACCUUGUCAAAUAUAUCAGGAAGAAGCACGGCGACUACUUCGCCCUCGGUGUGGCUGGCUACCCUGAGGGCCAUGCUGAUGAAAGUCAUCCGGAAGCCGGGAAGCAGAGUGUUGAGCACGAUCUGCCAUACUUGGUCGACAAGCUACGAGAAAAGACUGCGCACAUACAAGACAGAAGACGGCAACGCUCCAUUUACUCGGAUACCGAUCAUCCCCGCUUGAUGCCAAUACAAAGCUAUCAGAUCGUCAAGCGCAUUACGAAGCUCAGUCACGCGACACUACCCAAAGACAUCGCAGACCGCAUAGAAAAAGUCAAGGACGACGACAAUGCAGUGAAGAGAGUUGGCGUGGACAUCAUGAGCGAAUUGGUGGAACAGAUCAGAGCAUUGCCUCAACCAGAAGGACUGCCACGAGGUUUGCACUUCUAUACGUUGAACCUCGAGAAGAGUGUCGCUUUCAUUCUUGAGCGGUGCCACUUACUGCCACAUCUGAACGAGGCAUCUCCUGACGAAGGCUCCGACUCGGAUGUUGUACAGGACAACGAUUACGUUCUUGUCAGCAACGACGUGGCACCUCCUUCUCAACCACGGAUUUCUAGAAGAAGAGCUAGUUCUGUGAAUGCUCAGCCCACAACCGUGUUAUCUUGGACAGCAGCUCUUCUCGAAGCGGAAAAUCGCACCGGUAUACCUGCCGCAGAUCCCAAUCGCAAACAUAGCUUGCUCAUUUCUGAGGGACAAGGGUCGCUUGGCCGAGAAGCUACUUGGGAUGACUUCCCGAACGGCAGAUGGGGUCCAGCACAUUCACCGGCCUAUGGAGAGAUCGAUGGAUACGGGCCAAGUCUGAAAGUUGGACCUGCAACUGCGCGCAAGCUUUGGGGCAGUCCAACAUCACCAGAAGAUGUAACGAGUAUGUUUUCCAGGCUCAUUACUGGAGAUCUGGCGUCGAUACCAUGGAGUGACGAGGUCGAUCCAACAGCAGGGCUACACGGUCCAGGUUCACUCAGAGCAGAGACGUCAGUGAUCCGUGAGCAAAUACUAGAUCUCAUCCAGCGCAAGCAUUACUGGACACUCGCGAGUCAGCCUGCAGUCGAUGGCGCACGCAGCAACGACGAGGUGUUCGGCUGGGGACCUAGAGACGAAGGUUUCGUGUUCCAGAAGGCCUUCGUCGAGUUCUUCUGCUCAAGAUCGGAAUGGGAGAACGUGCUUCGGAAAAAGCUCGUCGAGACGCCACAAGAUCAUCUCAGCUGGAUGAAGACUGAUGCUGAAGGCGUCUACGAGUCGAGCGACAACAUCACGAACGGUGCUUCCAAGCCAGGUAGAUCUUCUUCGAAAAGAGUACCCGGCCAGUCUGGUGUCAACGCAGUCACCUGGGGCGUGUUUCGGGGCAAGGAAAUCGUCACUCCUACAAUAAUUGAAAGUGAGAGCUUCAGAGCGUGGGGAGAGGAAGCAUUUGCAAUCUGGGCCGAGUGGAGGCGAUGCUACGCUCGCGGUAGCAGCGAAGAGCAGACAUUGGAAGCUCUGCGCAAAGAUCUUGUGCUCGUGAAUGUGGUGGGUCAGGAUUACGUUGGAGGUCACGAGGGAAAUGGGCGGGAAUUGUGGGAUGUGUUGCGGGCCUGA